UUGAACGCCUCGCUGACUCAAACUCAUGGAUGUAUAAAAACUCAGUGUGUUCUUUGUCUUUUAGCUGUUUCUCAACACUGAAACUGUCACAAUGGCGAUGAUGUGUGGAGGUGCUGGCCCGGUACAAGAUGCUACCAAAGAGAUCCAGGAGCUCUGUGAUAGCGUAAAGGUGCAUGCAGAGAAAAAAGCAGGGAAAACGUAUGAUGUUUUCAUUGCCAAAAGCUACAUGAGUCAGACAGUGGCCGGGACCAACUACUUCAUCAAGGUCCACGUGGGAGGAGACGAUCAUGUUCACCUCCGUGUUUGGAAAAAACUCUCAUGUCAUGGAGGAGAAUUGGAGUUGAGUAAUAUGCAGCAAUCCAAGACCCAACAUGACCCUGUUGAGUACUUCUCAUAGGAUCGCAAACCAAACACAGCAUCAGCGCCUACAGGUUGCUGCAUAAUUAUAAUCAGUUAUGAUCAAAAUAUUACACAUAAAACAAUGCUUAUGCAGUUUCCACUCGUAACAUACUGUUUCAUACUGUAGAUGAUGUAAGGAGCAUGUAAACAUUGAACAUUUUUGUACAACAUUAAAGAAUAAAUGAAUCAGA